AUGGCGAGUGGCCUGAGGCUGGCGAGCAUUCUUGUGUUCAUUUCGCUCUGCACAUGUGGAGAAGGAGCAGAAGACGAGCUCAAGUGCAGGAUCGAGUUCCUGGAGCCUUCCAUGGGGCAGGUAGUGCAGAAUGAGGACGCAGUCUUGGAGUACCAGCUCGUGGACUGUGUCGGAUUCUCGGAAGAGGAGAGUGUUGUGGUUGAGCUGGAUGGACGAGAGGUGGCGCGGUUCGCUGCUCCUGCCAUGAGCGUCUCGUUGCGAUCCAUACUUGCCGGGCACCACAGCCUCUUCCUCCAGAUCCAGCCCUGCAGCGCCUGCGCGUUCAGCGUGAACGGGUCGGUCUUCUUCACGACCAGGAUCGCGUCAAGUGCGAUGAUGGAUCGCCAAGUGCUCGCUAUGGUAGAGGAGCGGACCUUGCGGCAGUAUUUUCUGCUGUCCUCGCAACGACCCUCGCAUGCCGUCCAGCUGACGGCGGAGCCUCGGAACGGGUCGCCGCAUCAUGUUCGGACUUCGGAAUCGAUGGGCCUUGAGAGCAUGCUGGCGCUCGGGAGACUUGUGUUUGCGAUGGGGGACCUCUCAGAGGCGAUCGUCUUGCUGCACUCAGCUACCUCGAGGAUAUUGAACGGGUCCCAGUCGCGGGAAGGAGAGGAGUUGUUGGAGACUUGCAUACACUACCAUCAAGCUCUUGUCAUGAUAAUGUAUGCUGAGAAGCAAGGGAGGCCAGUGACAGUCGAAGAGGCAUGCCGGCAUCACUUGUCGAUCACCUGGCCGCUUCCUCGAGGGAGCGCCAAACACCUUGAGGAGGAGCGCGUCGGGUUCGAGGACAUGGCAUACGGAGUGGUCUCAGGGCAGAAGCUGUACCAUACGAGGGCGAGGGCAGUCGCCGAGACCUGGAUGGGGAUGGGGAUUGAUGGCCACAUCUACGGAGAGGUAGAGGAGCAGAUGAAGAUUUCAAGGUGCAGAGACAAGACAAGCUGUGAAGAAUCGCUCUUCACCAUCCUCAGGGUUCCGAUCCCUGAGGGCAGCAACAAAGAAUGGCUAGAGGCUCUAACGCUCGCAGACAACUUCUUCUCCUCCGUCCCCAAGGUGCGAGGACUGUUCGUCCUUGCGCUGGUGGAUCUCCUUGUGAAGUAUCCCCACAAGAAAUGGUUCUACCUUGCCGGCUGCGACACGUUCAUCCUCCCCAGAAACGUUGGGAAGGCUGUGCAGGGGUUGGAUGAGAACGAGCUGGUCUUCGUCGGUGGUCAUGCCGGGAUGCAUUUCGGCACUUUGUUUCUGAGCGGAGGGAGCGGACUCAUCUUCUCAAGGGCCCUGGCCCACAAGAUCGCUCAAGAUGCCUCCUUCCUCCUCCGAAGUUGGAUGGAGAAGGACGGCCCUCGCUUCCGCUGCACCCCCUGCGCCGACGUCGCCUUCGUGCAUUUCUCCCGCAUCCUUCAGGGCAAGAUGGUCGAGCGGCCAUGUUUCUAUGCAUUCUGGCCCCAGUAUUACAUCAGCGAGGAGGACGGAGAAGUCGUGUGGCCUUGGGAUGAGGCUGAGGAGGCGACUUCGGACGAGCGCGUAAGAGCGUUCUUGUCCUCUUGCAGUCGCAUCUCAGUCAAACGAGGAGGGCUGGGCGUAGCAGCGAGAGAAACCCGUCAGGGGGAGAUCGCCAGCCAGCAGCAGCCCCUCCGCUCGCUAGCGAUCCAGAUUCCUCCUCCUCCCCUUCCAUCCCGUGGCAGUGGGAGCUUGAGAGGUGGUCAAAUAAAGCUCUUUCAAGACUCGAGGACGUCUGCUGAGGAUCAUCAGAGCCCGUCUCAUUCGGCAACCUUCACUCACACAAGCGCUAUCCUUCCGAUGACCCGCUUCUGGUCUGCCGCGUCCCACGCAUGCGAAGUCGAGCUCGAGUUCGUCCGCGCUGUGCUCCAUCCCCUCGCAGAGAUCACCUGCUCAUGCAUGACGCCUGGUCUCACUGUCCUCGGCGUCUCUGGGUACCUCCCCCGCGUCGUCAGAGGAAUCCCAUGCCGAAUCCCUGCAACAAUGAGGAUCAAGACGAGCUCUCAGAUCGUUGCUGGUCAGCAUCCGACCAUUUCUAGGAGUCCUCAGCCAGAUUUCGUCCCUGUUGAACCUGCGCAGCAAGAACCAGGGGUCAAGAGCCCCUCCAUGUAA